AUGCCUUCUGAUCUGCCGCUUGUUGUUAGACCGGCGGCUGACGAACUUCGAGCACAACUUUACCAGCUCACUGAAGUCGGAAAAGCCCUCCAAGCUGAAAGGGCCACUCUGGAACACCAGUUGAGAAGCGUUCAAGAGAGAAUCGCGGCCAACGAAGGCAGAGUCCGUGCAAUCAUGGCUGACCUUGAUGCAAGGAUGUUCAAGGAACAUCGUUCCCAGAGUCAGCCCCAAUUCCAACGGAGUGUCGUUGAAGAUGAGACUGUCAUCGAGGGCAUCCGCGCCCAGAUGGCGCAGAGCCUUGGGUUGACCAGCGCGGUUGAGGCCGUGAGCAAAAAUCAAGGGACGAUUGCUGACAACAACCUCCUCCUCACCGCAAUCAUGACCCAGCUGAGUGGCGACCCGUUUCAGCUCGCUCAUCGCGUUGCUCGUCGCAUCACAGAGAUUGAUCGAAUCAGAGCCCAACAGCGCGAAAACUUCCCUCUUCAACUCAACCUCACUUAUCCGUCACCUGGUCAACAUAACCUCACCUAUCCCUUACCUGCCCUACCUGCCUUACCAGGCAUCGUCAACCCCCCCUUGCCUCUCACGCAGGCCGCAGUUGUCGGAGACGUGAGUAUUCGAACAACCAGAGAACCAUCAGUCAUCCCUCUGCUCUCACCUUCCAUCAAAUCCGAGAGUGACUCCACUGCAAAUCCGCACAAUGAUACAAACACUCAACCGGACCUCACCGAAGCUACGAUGCACGACGACCCUGCUACUGUAGCUCGAUCGGUCGAGAGCACCCCGGUUCCUCGCGCGGAACAAAGCCAAGUCGUCGCACACGGAAUGGCAGCUCUCCAGAAGGAUUUCCCUGGACUUCUGGAAUCCUUGAGCAUACCCUCAAUGACACGCACCAAACUGACCCCCACCAGCCCUGCGUCUGCUGCUGUUACUCCUACCGGAGCGCGCAGCAAGCGUGGUCGAGCGUCCAUGGAAGCAGACGACAGCCCAAGUCAGGGUGCAGCCAAGACAGGCAAGAAGGUCAAGACUGACAAAGAACCAACUAUCGCGCAUACUUUUGUGAGGUACCUGACCCGCCUCGAACAAACGCACCAGUACGGUGGAGCCAUAACUGAGAUGCUCAAAUGUGCGCGUUGCCAAGUGAUUAAGCGCGACGUCCGGGUUCUCAACUGCCUCCAUCUGUACUGCCAUCGGUGCAUUCUUAAACUCCGGACUGAAGCGUCAAAGGGGGACGCGGUCAAAGGAUUCCAAUCAUUCUGCGUGAAGCCAGCCUGUACACAAGUCGUCAGCGGCAAGACCACUGUGAUCGACUCCGACAUCAUCGACUUCUUGCAGUGGUACGACAAGCAGUCUCCAACAAUCACCUCCCUUCCUGCACAAGUCAACGUGCUCAACGCUGCGCUUGUCAAGUACCCUGAGGACGAGGACAUCAAACGCAAGUUGGACCAGGUGCAGGCACAGUACGGAACCCUUCUGGCCAGUGGUGAGGCGGACAUCCCCUGUGACCUCAUGCAAAUUGCAAAGUUGGCCAGGAAGCCAUACUGA